AUGACCCUGCUGGAAAAGCCCCAGAUCAUCACAUACAUCACAAAAUCGCUGACGUACACCGUCUACGACGUCAAGUGGGUGCCGUGCUCGGCCCGCUUUGUCGCCAUCGGCCAGCAUUCGCGCGGGACCGGCGCCUUGCAGGUAUACGAGCUCGAUGGCGGCGACGCCAAGCUGGUGCAUGAAACCGAAAAGCAGCACGCAUUCAAGUGCUCGACUUUUGCAGCAUCGUCGCUGCAUGAUCGCCACCUGGCCACGGGUGACUUUAACGGUCGCUUGGCCUUGUGGGAUCUGGAACGAACCGAACUGCCGGUCUACACCGUCAAGGCUCACGGCGAGAUCAUCAACUGCAUGGACGGAUGCGGCGGCGUUGGCGUUCAGACCGGCCCGCCCGAGAUCGCAACAGGCAGUCGCGAUGGCACCGUCAAGAUCUGGGAUAUCCGCCAAAAGGAAAAGCCUGUCGCCACCAUCUCGCCUGCGGCCGGAGAAGCCUCGCGGGACACCUGGGCCGUCGCCUUUGGAAACUCAUACAAUGAUCAGGAGCGUGUCGUCUGCGCCGGAUACGAAAACGGCGAUGUCAAGAUGUUUGACCUGCGGACCAUGACGCUACGUUGGGAGACCAACGUCAAGAACGGUGUGUGUGCCAUCGAGUUUGAUCGCAAGGACAUCAAGAUGAACAAGCUCGUCGUGGCCGGCCUGGAGUCGAGCUAUCAGCUUUUUGAUCUGAGAACACAGCACCCGAAGCAGGGGUUUGCCUCGCUCACACAGAAGGCUCACGGAAACACGACCAUCUGGACCGUGCGCCAUCUCCCCCAAAACCGAGAAAUCUUCAUGACCUCUGGCGGAAACGGUGGACUGAACCUAAACCGAUACCGAUACCCAGAGAAGCGGUGCAAGAAGGACGAUGCCGGCGAACAUGAAGUUGGCGUGAUGGGAUCUGUGGAGCUUCUGAACAACGCCACCGUCGCCGAGCAGCCCGUCUCGUCCUUUGACUGGAAUACCGACAAACCUGGUCUCUGUGUCUUCUCGGCCUUUGACCAGCAGCUCCGGGUUGGAAUCGUGACCAAGCUCAAUUCAUAG